GAACAAUAAAAAAUAAUAUGAAAAAAGAAAAUGAUGGUUGAAUAAUAAAUAUUUCUGAAAUCUAGAUGGUUUAUGGUUUACAUAACGUAGGAAAAAAAUGAGAGCUCUAGUAUUUGUGUUCGCACUUUUCCAGUAUAUUUUACCGACCAGUGAGACAUCAACCAAGUUUUCCUGCAUAGCUCCGGGUACAGGUGGAGACCAGGAUGGUUUUCAUGAAUUACCAAUACCCAAGGAUCUAGAGACCAUUGAUGCUCUAGAGGUCGGGGAGAGGACCAAUUGGAAACCUUGCUCAUCUGGGAAAGACUGUAUCAAUAAAUCCCAGAUCUGCGAUGGAAUCCCUGACUGUCCCAAUGGAAGGGACGAAGAUGAGAAAUUAUGCUCCGGGUGGGUCUGUGAUCAAGGAGUAAGAUGCAGGAACUCAUCAGCUUGUAUUCCAAUCCCUCAUCUGACGAUGUGCUCAGGUUCUGAUCGUGAUAAUGGUGUUUGUAAGGAUGGUUCUGAUAAGGCCUACUGUUUACAUACAAUAUAUACUGGGUCUUUUCUAAACACAACCCUCGGUCUUAGAAUAUCUACAGGAGAGGACUGUUUCUGUGAUUUGAGGUAUGUUAGUAAAUCUAGUCAUACUCUUGGGAAAGUGUGUAGUGCUAGGACAGAUAAGAGAGUUUGUGAUGGAUAUACUGAUUGUAUCCAUGGAGAAGAUGAACAACAGAGUAUUUGCACCAAUAUAAGUUCUGGUGAAAAUGAAACAAAUUGGUUUGGGGAGAGAACAGGCCGGAGAGUAGAUGACAAAGAAACUAGAGAUAAAGAGGAUCCAGAUGAUCUACAGCAUCUUGAUGAUCUACAGGAUCUAGAUGAUCUACGGGAUCUACAGGACGCAGAUCUAUCUGAUACAAGAUCAAAGGUUUAUGAUAUAAAGGUUCAGCAUACAGUGGACCUGAACCUACUCCUAAUUAUCUUCACAAUCACUGUCAUCAGCGUAAUAGAUCAUAUGGUCCCAUAA